AUGGCGCCCAAGAAAGCUGCAGCGCAGCUGCCGCGGUCCGACGGCGGCAACGACAAGGCGAAGCAGAAGGUGAAGGAGAAGAGCGUGGAGGACAAGACGUUUGGGCUGAAGAACAAGGGGAAGAGCGCCAAGGUGCAGAAGUAUGUGCAGCAGCUGCAGAAGAGCGCGCAGCCGCAGAAGAACCCGCGGCUGGAGGAGCCGUCGCGCAAGGACAAGAAGCGCGCAGAGGAGGAGCGGCAGAAGGAGCUGAACGAGCUGUUUGCCAUGGCCAUCAAGCAGCCCAAGGUGCCCCCAGGCGUGGACCCCAAGAGCAUCCUGUGCGAGUUCCACCGCCACGGCCAGUGCACCAAGGGCUUCAAGUGCAAGUUCUCUCACGAUCUCGCCAUCGAGCGCAAGACGCAGAAGGCAGACCUGUUCUCGGACAGGCGUGAUGGCGAGGGGGAGGAGGGGGAGGAGGGCAUGGCUGAGUGGGACCAGGAGACGCUGGAGAAGGCCAUUGCACAGAAGCACAGCCUGGAGAACAAGAACCGCGCCACCGCCAUCAUCUGCAAGUUCUUCUUGGACGCGGUGGAGAAGAAGCAGUACGGCUGGUUCUGGCAGUGCCCCAACGGCAAGGACUGCAAGUACCGCCACGCUCUGCCGCCCGGGUAUGUGCUGAAGAGCCAGAUGAAGGAGCUGCUGGAGCUGGAGGCGGCCAACAAGGUGUCUGUGGAGGAGGCAAUUGAGGAGGAGCGGGCCAAGGUGGACGCCAAGACGCCCGUCACCGUAGAGACCUUUGCCACCUGGGUGAAGGAGAAGGAGGCGGCGAAGCGCGCCAAGGCGGCCGAGGCGGAGGCGGAGCGCAAGAAGAAGGGCGGGCUGUCGGGUCGCGAGAUCUUCCUGGAGGAGGGCUUUGUGGCGCAGGACGACCUGGGGGCCUCGGACGCCAUCGAGCGGGAGGGCGACGAGGAGGCAGCCAUCAAGCGCAUGCAGCAGCAGGCGGAAGAGGCGAUGCAGCAAGCGCGAGUAGCGAGUGCCGCAGAGGCCGCGGCCCCGGCAGCAGCGGCAGGCGGCGGCGCCCCGGCGGCAGACGCGCAGCAAGCCGGCAGCAGCGGCGGCGGCGACGUGGCCGCCAAGCUGCACCUGUCGGCGCAGGAAGCGGACGAGCUGUUUGGGGAUGAGGACGAGGAUGACGACGAAGAUCUGCUGGAUGAGCUGGAGGAGGACCUGAAGAGCAAGGCGGCGCUCUGA